GGCCCCGGCUCCGCCCAGCAGAGGGCGCCCAAGAGUGUCGGUCUGAAGGGAGAAUGAAUGAGGGGCCCGCGCAUCCAAGCAGGCACCCACCUUGCACAGCCGCCCCAGAGCGGGCAGGUUGGCCUGAGACUGCAGGCUCACGUUGAACAGGCUGAGCCGCUCCAGGACCCAGACCUCGUCAUCAUCCCCAGCCUCCUCCUCGGAGGCGGACCCACAUCUGGAAAUGUGACCCAGAGUGCAUGUCUGUCCGUUCAAGGCCAGGGAUGCACAGGCACAGAGGCUCCAGAAUCCCCAAGCUGUGCUCUUAAGAGCAGACACAGGCAGAGUCAUUGCCGACUGCUGUCUGUGGCCUUCAUGGCAGAGGCGAGUGAAGGGCUGCUGGGAAUGCAGUGCCCAGCCUCCGUCCCUGUCUCAUCUGGAUCUUUCUGGAAACUUCAAUACAUCUUUGCUAUUCUUGGUGUGAUCCUUGGACCAGCAGUAUGGGCGUCACCUGGGAUGUUUCAGAAUCUGAGGCCCCACCUCAGACCCGAAGCACAACCCACACUUUCUCGGGGUCGCAGGGUGACUUGUGGGCACCAGUGCUCCUCAGCUGCACACUAGGAAUCCCCCUGAGGGUGUGUAAGAAAUCCCCAGGCUCAGGCCACACCCCAGACCAAUUAAGUCAGAAUCUCCAGGAGCUUCUGUCUUUCUGUGAACUCCUCAAAGGAUCCCGGUGGCGUAGCCGAACUGAGAAUCGGGGCUCUGCACUCUCCCACUGGGUGUUUUCUCCCUUUCUCUGUGAGCCCAAGGUCACUGACCUCCUGGGGACCGAGCCCUGCCAUCAGGGUCUCCCUUGUCUGGCCAGGCCUCGGGCCUCGCACCCUGCACCCUCACAGCUCUGAUCUUGCCUACCACCUUCACCCCCUCUCUGCUGGCCUCCCAGCUGUCCCCAUUUUCCUCCCUUUCUUGUCCUCUGGGAGCCUUGGACACUCACCACCCACCCACCACCAAACGUGCCAUCCCACCUGGGCCCUCGGCCCGUGUUAGGUCUGCCCCUGUAACAGAGAAGUCCUAAGUCCUGCUCAGAGCUGGAAAUCAGACUGCAGGGAAGUGUUGAAAUGAGGAAGGCGGACUGAGGCAACAAGAGCCAGCAGGAGGGCCUCACCAGUCAGGCUCGCUCGACUCCUGGGGUCUCACGGCCCAGAAUUGGCCGUGCCCCUUCCCCGCUGAGAACUACCACUCCCCUCCUGCAGAGGCCCUGGGAGGGGUUGGCCUUGGCCUGCCUCUGUCGGCAGGAGGUCCUCAGGGCCUGGCAUGAGUCCUUCCUGGAGUCCGGAGGUCAGCACACAGCAGGGCAUGGGGUGGGAGUGAGGGGGCCAGCAGAGUCGAGAAACGAGUGGCUGUUCGGAGUCUGCUGAGAAAUGAUGCACAAAGUGCAGUGCAGGACAGGAAUUCAAGAAGCUCCCAGCAGGACCUGAAGACAGGCUGGGGCUGUCCCCCGCCCCUUCCUCUUCUGCCCUCCCCGCCUGGCCAGUAGACCCCACCCCGCGGGGCCCGUGGAGCAGAAGCUAGUCACUUCCUGAAGGCAGCGGCCCUGGCUCAGGUCCCACUCGCCCUGUGGCCCGUCACCCGCCUGCAGCCAUGGGCAGUCAUCAGGACUUUCGGAGCCUUCAAGCAAAGUUCCAGGCCUCUCAGCCCGAGACCGGCAAACUCCCCAAAGUAUCCCCGAAGCCCGAGUUCAACAAACUCCUCAAAAAGUUUCCACAGCCUGAGCUCGGCGAGCACCCCAAGAAGCAUCCCCUGCCCGAGUUCACUAAUCUGCCCAAGAAGCCCUGCAAACUUGAGUUCAGUGAACUCUCCAAGAAGGUCCCACAGCUCAAGGCCACUCCAUUCCCCAGCAAGCCCCUGCAGCCUGAGCUCAGCCACGGCCCCAGGCCCCCCGUAGGGCCCAAGUUCGGUGCAUUCCCCAGGAAGUCCCAGCAGCCUGAGUCCAAUGAGGCCACCCUGAAGCCCCCCCAGCCUGAGUUCAGUACCGUUCCCGAGAAGCCCCCGCAGCCUCAGGUCAGUGGUCUCCCUGAGAAGUCCCUGCCGCAGCCCGAGUCCACUGAGGUCCCCCCAACGCCCUCUUCAAAGCCUGAGUCCAGUGAGCCCCAGCCCCACUCCUCACAGCCCAACUUCAGUACAGUCCCCGGAAAGAUGCCACAGCCUCCGCUGAGUGACCUCCCCGAGAAGCCCCCGCGGCCCGAGUGUGGUGACCUCCCCAGGACGUCCUCGGGGCCCGAGUGCGGCCUGCUCCCCAAGGAGUUUCUGCAGCCCGAGUGGCGGGGGCUGCCCUGCAACUUCUCGCAGCCCAAGCCCAGAUCUCUGCCCAGGAAGCGUUCGCAGGCUGAGUUCCUCGGUGACCUCCCUAGAAAGCCUCCACUCCCUGGCUCCCGUUCAGAGAGCUCACUGCCCACUGCCGUUGCAGGCUCCAGCCCUAGGUUUCCACUCAGCCCAAGGUUUGGAGCCAGGCAGCAGAGAUCAGGAGCCCUCGCUCGCGGUGGAGGCUCGAGGCUGGGCCUCAAACCUGGCCACCCACCCCGGCGGAGGCCUCUGCCCCCGGUCAACAGCCUGGGCGCCCCUCCAGCCAAGCCCCCACUUCCCCCAGGCCCCAGGGACGUCCAGAGAUUUCGGAGGACCUUGGCAGCAGGCACAGCUCUGACGAGGAGCUCUUCUGCCAGCCUCCUCCACUUCCGGGCUCGACAGCCUGAAGACAUCCCACAGGACCCAGAUGAGGCCUACGAGCUGUACGAUGACGUGGAGCCCACAAACAACUCCAGACCCAGCCCCAAGGGCAGAGAUGAAGUGCUGUCUAGCCAGCAACCCCCCAGGAGGCUACCUCAAGACCAAGAGCCCAGGAAGAAGGGCCCCCAGCCACAGCAGUUGCCACCCACGGACCUGAAGUCUCUGAAGCAGAUCCGGAAGGCAGAGAAAGCUGAGCGGGAGUUCCGGAAGAAGUUCAAGUUUGAGGGGGAGAUUGUGAUUCAGACAAGGAUGAUGAUCGACCCCAACGCCAAGACCCGUCGCGGGGGUGGCAAGCACCUGGCGAUUCGGCGUGGGGAGAUCCUGGAGGUGAUCGAGUUCACCAGCAAGGAGGAGAUGCUGUGCCGGGACACCAAGGGCAAGUAUGGCUACGUGCCCAGAACAGCUCUACUGCCCCUGGAAACAGAGGUGUAUGAUGACGUCGGUUCCUGGGAUCCCGUGGAUAACCAACCAUUCCCCGGGGGACGAUAAGGCCUACAGGGGUGGGGACCCAGGACAACCCACCAAUCCAGCCACCUCUUAACCGACGGAGCCCUGGAUCCGUUUGGCCAUCACAGAACUGCCCAGGCUCCUGUCUGACCACCUACACAGACCACAUAAAGCCCCUCUUUUAAAGCAA